AUGGCGAUCGGGAAAGCGCUCGGCGCGACGUGGGUGUCGCCGGGGAUGUGCUAUCCCGCGUGCGUCAACGCGGAGACGCUCGCGGAGAUGUUCAUGAUCGGGACGCCGCUGGGGGUGUACGCGAUGUGCGUCGGGAUCGAUAGUCAUCACGGGCGGAAGAAUAAGUGA